GGUAUACGGACUUGAUUAAAGACGACUUUAAUAGAGUUAUCUCAGGGAUGAGCAUUCGGUAUCAAUCCUCUAGUAGUCGCUCCCCAGCCCCAAAGAAGUCGAAAGCAUUGAGAACGUCAAUGAUGGAAGACCUCCAGAGCUCGGUGCUCCGUGCAUCAGCUCCAAGAAGAAACGUAUUGGACGACCACGAGGAAGCAGGAAUAAGGCACCAAUGUUUUGGUCCAAAAUUGAGCUUUCGAUAAUUGGGACUCCUUGGGGGAUCAGUUACAAGAAAUUUGCAGCAACAAAUUCCUGUCCUCUGGAUACAACGCUCAUGAUUUGGUACCUUCUUCAUCGAUCUGCCGGUAUAGAACUCCCUAUGCAUGUGAGAGAUAAGCCAAGGAAUAUAAGUAAUACCAAGAAUGUUGACAAAUCCCUGACGAUAGGUGGCAUAUUUCAGAAUAUUGUGGCAGCAAUCACAAGAGGCGAGCAUCAUAGGGCAAGAUGGCUGUUUUGUAUAGAAUUGUUGAACAUGUCACCUGAAGGACAAGUGGAUUUGUUUGGGAGCAUCGAUAAAACAUUUCUCGAGCCACUGAAGGAUGUAUUCAGCAUUCAAUGGAGGAAUCGCACCACCUGCUCCUUCAAGCAUUGUCCGAAGGGAGAAAAAGAUGAAGAAGAAGAUGCCGUCACAAAGUACAUAGAGGGCGUUGCUCAAGGAUCAUCACUUACACAAGAUAUCAUUAGAAGUUUUGGUGUUAAUGAUACAUUAUUGAGAUGUUUUUCGUAUAUUAGAAGUCAAGGAGAUCAAAAGUUGUUUUUAUUAUUGUCAAACGAGAGCCUUUUAUCAAGGACUCUCUAUGACCGUCACAUGAUAUUCUGACCUUAUGAAUAAAAAUGGAAGUGCACCUGAGGUGCAC